AUGUCUUUCUAUAAAGUACCGAGCCCAAAAGAAGAUGCCAGAGCGGUGUUCGAAGUUCUGAAACGGGGUGGUAUUGCGAUUAUUCCGAUGAGCGUUGGCUACGGGAUCAUCGCGAUCAACCCGGACGCAUUGGACCGAAUCUUUCGAACGAAACGGCGGGAACCACACAAGCGACAUGCAAUGGUCGGAAGCUACAAUCUGCAUCGAGAUAUUCAUGUUCUUCCCCCCAAAGAAGCCGGUAUGGUCAAACUCUUGACCGUGGACUUGGACCUUCCUCUAGGAAUCAUUGCACCAUAUCGCGCUGACCAUCCGAUUAUCCAAAAAAUUCCGCCAAACGCAUUAGCACAGAGCGUUGCUGGGGACACUUUAGCAAUGUUAGCCAACGGGGGUGGUUUGCUAGAAGAAUUAUCUCGACUUGCUGCUAUAGAGGAACUUCCUCUGAUGGGAUCUUCGGCCAAUAUCAGCGGAAAGGGAACAAAGACUGUGGUAGAGGGCAUUGAGCCGGAAAUCCUCGAGGUGGCAGAUAUAGUCGUUGAUUAUGGGACACAAAAGUUUCACCAUCCACGAGCCUCUUCAACCAUGAUCGAUUUUAGCACAAUGAAGGUUGUGCGAUACGGGGCUUGUUACGAUGUGAUAUGUGAUGCUCUCUGGCGAUUUCAUGGAAUACAAAUGCCAGAUGAUCCUAAAAGGUCGACUCUUUCGUCUGGAUAG